UGUCCACUUGAUGUUAAUCAUAACUUGAAAAAGAAGGAAUUGUAAUUUCGUUCCCCUAUAGACAUAUAGAUAGAGAAAAUUUCUUUUGCUUCAAUCUUGGGCACAAAAAACAAUCAUUUUUCCAUUAUAAAACAACCUAAUUGUUUGGUUAAAAUGAAUCCUUAAAUGAAAUCUAUGAUGGAAAAUGACAAAACAAUCCUAAAUGACCCCACAAAAUAAUAAGGUGAAGAAGUCAUCAGCCAUCCAACCUCACCCACAAAGAGAUAAGGCAGAAAUAAGGGCCCUAAAUUUCCCAUUCACAUCCAUCAAUUUGAUAGAAAUGAAAACACCAAAAACUAAGUGGGCAUAAAUAAACUUUGUCAAUAGAUUAUUCCCUAUUGAGUAUUGACAUAACAAUAUAACAUAGUAUUAUAUAUUUUGCAAACCAACAACUCUCUAGCAACUCCAUCAGCACCACCGCCUAGCCCUCAGCCAUGGCCACAGCCACCACUGUAGCCGCUUCCACGUCACAUUUUUUCCGUGCCCGUAUCUACAACCCUAACGUAAGCUCUGGUAGAAUCCAAGCAAGGUUUGGCUUUAACUUUGGCAAGAAGAAAGCACCACCACCACCCAAAAAAGCAUCCCCAAAACCACGAUCUGACCGCCUUGUUUGGUUCCCCGGUGCAAACCCACCGGAAUGGCUUGAUGGGACAAUGAUCGGAGACCGAGGGUUUGACCCUUUUGGCUUUGCUAAACCAGCAGAAUACUUGCAGUUUGAUUUUGACUCAUUGGAUCAGAACUUGGCCAAGAAUGAGGCUGGUGAGAUUAUAGGGGUGAUUAACGAGACGGCGGAGCUGAAGCCGACCCCGUUUCAGCCGUACACAGAGGUGUUUGGGAUUCAAAGGUUCAGAGAGUGUGAGCUGAUUCAUGGGAGAUGGGCAAUGUUAGGAAGUCUUGGUGCUAUUGCUGUUGAGGCACUCACUGGCGUUGCAUGGCAAGACGCAGGAAAGGUUGAGUUGGUGGAAGGAUCAUCUUACCUUGGCCAGCCACUUCCUUUUAGCCUGACCACACUAAUAUGGAUAGAGGUUUUGGUAAUUGGUUACAUUGAGUUUCAGAGGAAUGCUGAGCUUGACCCUGAGAAAAGGCUUUACCCUGGUGGGUACUUUGAUCCCCUUGGGUUAGCCUCUGAUCCUCAGAAAAUUGACAACCUGAAACUCGCAGAAAUCAAGCAUUCCAGGCUUGCCAUGGUAGCUUUCCUCAUCUUUGGAAUCCAGGCUGCAACAACUGGAAAGGGUCCUAUCAGCUUCAUUGCUAGCUUUAACAAUUAAUUUGAUGGUUCUAUUGGGAUAACAAUUUGAAUAAUUUUAUUUUAUGUUCUUGUAAAAAGAAAAAAAAAACUGGAGAAAUCUUAUUUGUAUGGCAUUUAUCUAAGUGGACAGGCCACUUGUUAAUAUGUACAUCAAAUUGAAAAAAAAUUCAAUUCAAUCAUGAUCGAGAAAAGCCAUGAAAAAGACCUUAGCAUGGACUUUAGAAAAGUAAAAUUAAUGGGCCAAACACAAU